UCAUUUUCCCUCAUUCAGACGCAUCCGAAAACUUCUGCUCAUCUGUCUCGGCAUUUUUGCCUCUCCUAGCUUCGUCUCACACUCUUAGUUGCCUAGCUUCGUCUCAGUUGCCAGCCUGGUCGUCUGAUUUGUGCCAUGGCCCAUGGGAAGAGGUCUAGGCAACAGGCCGAAACAACCUCCGUCAGCCUCAUGGACCUGGACGGCGGCGACAUGGCGCGCAUCCUCAUGAUCUUCUCCGGCCACCACAACACCCACGGUCACCACGACGUUGCCGGGCCUGCGUCGCCGGAGAGGGUGUUCGAGUGCAAGACCUGUAACCGGCGCUUCCCGUCCUUCCAGGCGCUCGGCGAGCACCAGGCCAGCCACAAGAAGCCGCGACUGGCUGACGGUGAGCCGCCCAAGCCCAAGGUGCACGGCUGCUCUAUGUUAGCCUUAAUCUUGACUUGCAGGACGUGGCUAAGCUGA